AACUGCAGCUCGAGCCCAUUUCCGGUCCUCCAGUCAACAAGGAAGUGAACCGAUGGAUGAGUAUCAUCGACAGCAGCCUGCUCCUCUGUCUCCUCACCGUGGAUCCUCCAUAUAAGCUCUUCUCUCUACAGUAAGCAGGUGAACCCUCUUCAGUCGACAUGGCGAUGUCCACUUUCCAGAAGGUGACCCUGUCCACGUGCCUCCUGCUGUGCGUGGCUCUGCUGCUCCCUAAGAUGCUGUUAUCCCGGGGGAGGAAGGAUGCUGCUGACCGGCCGGAGGGUCACCUCCCUCCCACGAUGCACCGUCAGCUGGCUCCUGAGGCCCGAGCCCAGAGGCCUGCGAGCUCCAGUUACUCCAGACCGCACAACUCCGAGGCCGUCGCCAGAACAAAGGGAGCAGGAACAGGAGCGGGGACCGGGGGGAAGUCCAACCUGGCGGGACAGAUCAUCCCUGUGUACGGCUUCGGGAUCUUACUGUACAUCCUCUACAUCCUGUUCAAGAUCACGUCUAAGGGGAGCAGCAAACCGGCAGAGAGCAGGUUUCCUUCAGUUCGCUCAGAAAACAAGAAGAGAAAGAUCACCGACUUCGAGCUCGCUCAGCUGCAGGACAAACUUCAGGAGACCGAGCUGAUGAUGGAGAACAUCGUCUCCAACGUCCACCACAGUCCUGACAGGGUGAAGGGUGUGAUAGCGGAUCAGGAGGAGAGUCUCCUGCAGCAGCUGACGGAGAUCACUCGAGUGAUGCAGGAGGGAAAGAUGGUGGAUGACGUGGCACCACCGAAGAAGAACCAGGAGGACUGGGAAGGGUCUGCAGAUUAUCGUGACGAGCCUCAGCAGUUCUGGGAUCAGUCCCACUGCUGCUGUCAACACGAUGAGCCGCACCACAGUCCACACACGGAGACGGACGCUGAGAGGACACAAGCAGACGGCGCUGACCUGGAAAACAUGACUGAGGACUCUGCAGGAGGAGGAGAGGUGGAGGAAGACGCUGUGAGAGAAUCAGACCUUAAACUAGUGUUAGAGGUCGUGGAGCCAGAGAGUGAUUUAAUCGUGAAUGACGGUGAAGACGUGCACGAACACAAAGAGGAAGGGGGUCACAUCGAUCUGGGCGUUGCAGAGGAGGACCUGCCCGGAGUCCUGCAGGAGCUGGAGAUCUCCCUGAAGAUGACGUCUGCGAUGGAGCAGGAGAAGAUGGAAGACCUGAGCAAGUCGACGGAGGCGGACACGUCCUGCAGCUCGGUCAGACGGAGGAACAGGAGGAGGAGGGCCAAGAAGGCCUCACACUGACACAAACCAGGGCUGCUUAGAAACUCUGGGGCCUGGUGUUUGAGAGGACAGCUUCCUUUGUUUUUUAAACCGCUAACUUUUGGAGUUCUUUAGGGGUAAAUAAGAGGAGACAUAAAUGCACAUGGGAACGUUGUAAAGUGCUCACAUCAGUUUUAAUUUCUGUUCACAGAUUCUACAUGACAAAGAGGACUCUGUACUGAAGGGUCUAGAUUUUAGUGUGAGAAGUGUUCUGGUUUCUGUUUGUAGUCCCUUGUCACACAUCAGCAUGGUGUGGCGUAUGCAGGGAAAACAGUCUGUACGAAGAGCAAAAGCAGGCAGACUAGAGUUUGUGGCAGUAAUUUGAUGAUGCUUCAUUGAUUUAUCUCUAUAAACAUAUAUCUGCAUGCAAGUGCAGCUAACAAUCUGUUAGAUUCUAAAUUACAACUUUCCAAAAGUCAGUCAGCUUUUGUAUUUCCUGGCUUCAUUGAAUGCAUCAGAAAUGAGCUUGAAUCUACUCUUGAGGACGGAUGUGACGGAGUUUGUAAUUUCACUUUUUACAAAUCUGCAUUAUGAUGUUUGAAAACUGAAGAUCUGUUAAGCGCAAGAGAUUCACUUUCUUUUGGGGUCCAUACCGCCCUUGAAUGAAGCCUCUGUAUAAUCAUCUAUUUACAGUGAAACUGAGACUCGCCAGAAGCAGAUGAACACUCUUCUCUAAAGGAUGCUGUGAACCAAGAAAUAAUGGCAUUGACUUCUCUUGAUGUAUUUAUAGGGACGGAUUUGAUCAAUUCCACAUUUGAUCUGAACACACCGUCACUUCUACGGUUGCUAACUGGACUGUAAACAAAGCAGCGCACAGAUGAGGAAGUCAUGCCUGGAGGUCAUUUAUUGCUUAACGCUUGCUACAUCAGACCAAUUAAUAAGGCCCAUUAAAUGCAGGCGAAUCAGAAGAAAUGUAGUCUAUUGUACGUGUUUACACCACUGAAGUAAUCCAGAGUGAUGUCCCUGUGUAACUUACUUACAGUGAAACUGAGACUCACCAGGAACAGAUGAACAGGCGCUUGUCAAAUGAAUGCUAUGACCCAAGAAAUUGUGGCAUUGUCACUUGCUACUACGGUUGCUAACUGGACUCUAAACAAAGCAGCCUACAGAUCAUUUGGAGGUCAUUUUUUGCUCAUCCAUUGCUACAUCAGACCCAUUAAUUGCAGGUGAAUCAGAAGAAAUGUAGUUUAUUAUUAUACACCUUUACACCUCUGAAGUUAGCCAGUGAUGUCUCUGUGUAACUUAAACCUGUUUUAACUUUAUCUGAUUAUGGGGAGUCUCAGUUUCACUGGAUGUAGUGUUUUUAAUGCUAAAAGGACUGUGGAUUAUAUAGUGCUUUCUUUUGUCUUCCAUCCACUCAAAGUGCUUCUACAUUGCAUGUCACAUUCCCCCCACACUCCUACACUGAUGGUGGAGGCUGCUAUUUAAAGCUCCCAUCAGUUUUAACUAAUCCCAUUCACACACCAGGGGCAGGUUUUGGGGUUAAACGCCUUGCCCAAUGACACAGGACCUAGGAUCUGACCCCUAGUCUUCCAGUUUAAAGGUGACAUAUCACGCUUUUUUCAUCAAUAUAUAUUGGUCUAAGAGGUCCCCAAAACAUGUCUUUAAAGUUUAUGCUCAAAAAAACACUUUGAAAUCAGAUUUUGGUCUGCCUGAAAAGCCCUCUUCUUCAUUCCUCCUCAGAACAGUCUGUUUUCCCUCUGACCACGCCCCCUCAGGAAGUGGAUGUGCAUCGGCUCUCCAGCACGUUGAUCUAAUGUUUACAUGUUGGCUGAAUAUACACGGCUGCUCACAGACCCGCGUUACUUCAAACCUCUGAAUCUGAUCCAGAAUCUGAUCCUGACGCAGAGGCGCCUGUAGCAGGACCUUUCUGAAGGAUUGGUCACAGAUUUAGAGUUUCUUGUUGUUUUAUUUAUCAGUAUGUCGACGUGUGUCUUGGUACACAGCUACAGCUACAGCUAUGAACAUGUAGCUAUGUGGCUAUGCUAACUAGCGCUAGCACUUAUCCAUGACAAAUAAAAAUCAUCCACUAGAUCUUCAAAUCUGCAGACGUGGGGAGUCAAACCGACCUUUGUGUCUAUUAAGACAGCCUACAACUAGCAUGCCUCCCUCCUAAGCUCCUUGUUAGCACACAUUUGUGCAGGUAAUGAAAAACGGAGGAGGGAUUCAGUAUUAUUUUAUACAGUCUAUGGGCUGAACAAGCUCUGAGCUCUGAUUCCGUGACAGACCGGAUAUUGUUGUUACGUAACAAACACACUGAAGUCUGAAACGGCUCGUUUCACACACAUUUACAGAAAGGUGUAGAAAUCAGAACAGGGGCAGAAUGGAUUUUUUUCAUUCUCGGGGGGUUUGUAGACAUGCCAGGGAAACAUAUUUCAGGUAGAGAACCAUUAAAAAGUCCAUUUUGCAUGAUAUGUCACCUUUAAGAGACGACUAUCACUUAGCCACAGUCGCCCUCUAUGUUAGAAAAGACACAUUAAAGACAUUAUGUCAUCAGUGUAUAGUACUGGGAUGCCUUUUCUUUCUUUUGUCAGAUGAGUUUUGAACUCACAAAAAACCCUCAAAUUGUAAACCGUCUGCUGUUGAAGUUUUGUAGAUGAAAAUGUUUAAAACCAGGGACAAGUGAAAAAAGACGACCAUCUUUUAAUCUGUGUUGGGGUUGAAAUCAGUUUUUCUGUACUGCUUAUAUAUGAAGCUUUCACAUACCUGUCGUCUUGUGCUCUAAAUUAUUUCAGAUUUAUACUUUUUUAAACUGAAUCAGUGUAUUUAUUGUUGAUGGGAACAUUUAGGGUUUGCAUAUCUGAGAUUUGAUGCUGUGAACGAUGAAUAAAAAGAUCUUGGUUCUCAACUCA